GAUCACUGUACGGGACCUCUACGUGAGGUCCCGAUCAUGUGAUGACUGAUUGGCCAAUCAGUGAUCACAUGCAAAGUAGUAAGCAAGAUGUCACUUGUGACAUAAUUGCUUACUACGUGAAAUCUGGAAAUGAUCACAGAGGUCACAUGAUACAAGGCUAUUCACAACAGCCUUGUACCAUGUGACAAGCUGUGACCAAUCACAGCUCACUCAGUACUUCUCAAUGAGUGCAAGAAUGCACACAGAGAGAAAGAGAAAUUAUUGCCU